GACCACGUCCCCGACAUUCCCCGGACUCGGGCCGCGCCAAGAGGUCUAUAGCGUACCGCGUACAAUGCAACAGCAGCAGCCGCCACCUCCUCUGUCGCCGUGGACGCACUUCGCGAUCUUCACAGGCGUGCUCGCGCCGGUUGCGCUCUUCCCCUAUCUCGCGGUGCGGCGGCACCUGAUCUCGCUGCACCGCAAAGUGUCUGAGGUAUCCCAGACGAACGCCGCGCUGCAGCGCGACCUGAAGGCGGCGCUGCUCGAGUCGUCCAUCCGGCGCGAGGAGCACGACCGGCUCGUAACGGCGCUGAGCGAGGUCAGGCGAGAGUUUGACAGGUUUAGAGCCGAGCAGAGUGCGAAGGAGCUGCAGCGCGCCAGGGGCGAGGAGCGCACGCGCUCGCAGAUCGACGAGCUCGCGGCCGAGCACAAGCGGACGAGGGUCAACCUGGCGACCCUCCGAGACCUCAGUCCGAGCCUCGCGGACAUUGCUGCGUUCAUGCAAGAGGUGGAGGUGCAGCAGGGUUACGUGUCUCGUAAGAACGACGGGCGAGGGAUUGAGAGGAUCAGGCAGUUUGCGUACAGGCUGGGGAGCAUCCUUACUUCGGAUGUGGAAGCGGAGACCCCUGCACAGGACGAAGUAGCCCCUUCAUCUACAACUUCUUUUACGCCUCCGGGUCGUACCCCGAAGAAAGAGAAGAAGGCAAAGCAACCCUCCGAAGGCGAGACUGUGUAGGGAGCAGCAGGUCGCAGGUCAAUGGCAAGCAUUAGCAUAUGCUCAUUCUGGGAGAAUAGUUGACACUGCGCGGACAUUGCACAUUAACUGUACUGAUUACGUCUUCUUGUAACAAUAAAUAGCAGGUAUAUGACGAUAUCCUGACACAUGAGAUCACAUAAUGCGAGAGGGACCAUGCCCUUCAACGUGUGCGUCGCUUCCCGUUGCUACACUCCUCAGGCUGUUUCCGGUGUUGCACCAGCAAUUCCUCCAUGAGGUCCACAUCGAUCUUCUCCCACCCCGUGUAGUUUCCCUGCAACAUCUCCAUGCAUCGUCUUGCGAAGAACGCAAAAUGGUACAGCAGCACGGCAUGCCAUUCGUAUUGGUGCGUAAUCUUGAUGAGAUGGCUACUGUACUUGAAGAAGUAGUAUGGAACUGUGGGUGGCUGGCCAAUCGAGAGUGCGUGGAUGGAGAGGAUAGAGAAGUAGGUGUUGAGGGGGACGAAGAGGGAAUCGAGAGUCUGGUAGAUUUCGCGCGCAGAGGGCACACUGCGGUAGGUCACAAUACUAUCCUCAAGGUCAAUCAUGUGCCAUUGAGCUUCGAGAAUGCGUCGCGUGUCCAGCUUGUAGAGCUCGGCCGCAGGGAAAUCGUGGCUGAGGAUUGCAUUGAGUGUUUCCGCAUCGAUGUGUUGGAAGAGCUUAGAGAGGUCUAUGGCGUCAUCGAUAGGAGUGGGGGGAAAGGAGAAGACAGUCGGUGUAGCGACAAUGCUCGGCGGAUACAUCACGAGGGAUGCAAACGAUGUGUUCAAUAUGGCUCGGGAGAAGUGCAGAGAAAUAUGUGAACGAUGCAGAACGUGCCAGGGUGUAGGUCAUAUAGACCGGGUUCGGACCUUGCGGUGGCCACAUGUUGUUGGCUGGAACACCUGCCCAUACGUGUGGUCGAGCCCCAAAGCGAGAUAGAACUUCUGCGGUGCGACUGA